AUGAGCUCUCUCCUGGGCCCGCAUGACCGCUCCUCUGCUCCGCGCUUGGCUCCCUGGUCCUCCCUGGUCCUCCCCGGUUCUCCCUGGUUCUCCCUGGUCCUCCCUGCUUGUCCCUGGAGUCUGCGCAGUCUCCGCCGCUGGAGCAGAGCCGCUGCCUUCAUCACGAGUCAACAAGUUUUCCUUCGUCCUGUUUGUUUUACGCACGGAGGGGAACCCCGCUCUGCGCGUUCCCACGGCGGAGGACUGCGCACUCAAACCCGGACUGGGACUGGUGACCCUGGCACCUGCUGA